GUUGACCUAAGGUAUUGUUAUUCUGGCAUGUUUUAAUGUUUGCCUCCAAAAAUAAUGCUAUGAACAACAGUGACUUGAUACCUUACAGCUGCAAUUAUUUGACAAAGCAUCCAUCAUGUACCUUCCACGAAAGACCGUGUGCUCGGGUAAUCUGGUCCGAUCCAAGCCACUGUGUAAAUUGCAGGAAGCUCCACCGGAGGCUCCUUUUCCACAGUACAUCCUCUUUUGCAAGCAACGCGAGUUUUAGAUUAUGCUACAAAUCAUCUUGAUCUCUCGUUGCUUCAACUACUGAGACAUAUCCUGAUAUCCACAUAAUUCCUUGCGCAACGCCACCAUGGCUGAUCCUAACAUGAUUUGUGCACCUUUGCAGCCUGUGUGUGGCUUCAUCAAUAACACAGGGCUACCAGCAGCUACUGCAAGACAGUUCUCUUCUUUCUUUUGCAUCAAGCGCAAUCGGAGAGCCCUUACUAAAGCCAAUGAAUACCUCCAAGCUUUAGAGAAGGUGGUCCAAGAAGAAGUGAUCCACGAGACCAACCAGAACAAGAAGUGUCAUCCUCUGGUAGAAUUAUGGCUGAGAAAGGUCGAUGGAGUCCUCGUCUUAAUUGAUGAUAUUGACCAAGAGUGUGAUCGACUCAUGCAAUACUCUUGCUUCUGCAAUUAUUCUCUAAUCCUUAGAAAACGGUAUCGUAUUGGCAAGCGUGUUCUGAAGACUCUCGAGGAUCUUGGGGAGCUAAUUGAGGAAGGGAACCAAUUUAAGGAAUUUGGGUCCAAGCCUUUGCCAGACUUGGUCGAGGAUCGACCAAGGAUAGAAGCCUUUGGCAUGGAGACUGUCUUGAAGGACCUCCGGGAAUAUUUUGACAGCAGCAAUGUGGGCAUCAUUGGAGUUUGGGGUCCAGGAGGGGUAGGGAAGACAACACUUCUCAAUACCUUCAACAAUGAACUCAAAGAAUGUGGCAGUGAUGACCAGGUGGUAAUCAUGAUUGAGGUGUCCAACUCCGGAACUCUAAAUAUAGAAGCCAUCCAGCGGACGAUUACAGACCGCCUUGGUUUGUUGUGGAAUGACGCAGAGGCAGAAACAACUCGUGCCAGAUCCAUAGCGAAAGCACUGAGCAGAAAGAAAUUUAUUAUUUUGCUGGAUGAUGUUAGGGAACAAUUCGAUUUAGUUUAUGUCGGAAUCCCAACCCCAGAUUCUCAAAGCAAAAGCAAGUUAAUUCUUACUUCACGCUAUGAAAAUGUUUGUUAUCAAAUGGGAGUACAACAGAGUUUGAUCAAGAUGGAGUACCUAGGGAAGGAGUCAGCAUGGGAGCUCUUCCGAAGCAAUUUGAGCACUAAAGCUGUUAUGGCACUUGACUCUCCUGCCACCAAUAAUGUGGUACAAGAGCAUGCUGAAGCAAUUGUCAAAACCUGUGGUGGUCUGCCACUUGCACUCAAAGUGAUAGGGAGAGCCGUGGCAGGACUAACAGAGCCCAAGGAUUGGAGCUUGGCAGUGGAAGCGACCAAGGAUGACCUAAAGGACUUGGAUGGAGUCCCUGCAAUGUUCAAUAUAUUGAAGUACAGUUACGAUAAGUUGAUAGAAACACAGCAGCAGUGCUUCUUGUACUGCACCCUUUUCCCAGAAUAUGGCUCAAUCAACAAAGAUAAGCUUGUGGAGUACUGGAUGGCAGACGGGUUGAUACCUCAGGACCCCAAGAAAGGCCAUCGCAUAAUCCGUAGCCUGUUGUCUGCAUGCUUGUUGGAACAUCGCAAGUCUGACUCCUCAGAGGUGAAAAUGCACCACAUAAUUCGUCAUCUGGGAUUUUCCCUUGCUGGGCAGGAAAAUAUUAUUGUGAAGGCUGGAAUGAGUUUGGAGGAGGCUCCAUCACACAGAGAGUGGAAAACAGCAAGAAGGAUAUCACUCAUGUUUAGUGACAUAGAGGACCUUUGUAUCCCACCAGAGUGCAAGAAUCUUGUAACUUUGCUAGUUCAGAACAAUCCUAAAUUGGAAAGGUUGUGCCCAACAUUCUUUGAAUUCAUGCCUUCUUUAAGGGUUCUUGAUCUUUCACACACCGGCAUCACAACUCUUCCAGACUGUAAGACAUUGACCAAGCUGAAGUACCUCAAUUUGUCCCACACAAGCAUUGAGAGCCUUCCAAAAGAGUUUUGGGUGCUCAAAGAACUAACACAUCUAGAUUUAAGUGUUACCAAGGCCCUUACGGACACAUUUGAUAACUGUUCCAAGCUACACAAGCUAAGAGUGCUAAACCUCUUCCGAAGCAACUACGGGAUUCGUGAUGUCAAUGAUCUGAACAUUGAUACCUUAAAGAAACUGGAGUUCCUUGGAAUCACAAUUUAUGCAGAAGAAGUGCUAAAGAAAUUGACCAAGACACACCCUCUCGCAAAGUCGACACAGUGCCUUAGCCUCAAACACUGUGAACAAAUGAAGUCGAUCCAAAUAUCAGACUUCACCCAUAUGGUGCAACUUGGAGAGCUCUACGUUGAAUCAUGUCAUGACUUGGAAAAGCUUAUUGCAGACUCUGACAACCAAAAGGCUUCUUGUCUGCAAGUUCUCACCCUUGCUGAACUUCCUGCUCUCCAAACCAUUAUUAUUGGAUCUUCGCCUCAUCACUUCCGGAAUCUCCUAGAAAUUACAAUCUCUCACUGCCAAAAGUUGCACGAUGUCACCUGGGUUCUGCAGCUGGAGGCACUUGAGAAGCUUUCUAUAUGUCACUGUCAUGAAUUAGACCAAGUUGUUCAAGAAACAAUUGGCGAGCUGGAAAGCAAGAGUUCAGGAAUUGAACAUGGCAGUGUUCAGAAUUUCAGGAAAAAAAAUGGUUUCUCUGAAGAACAAGAGAUACAUGGUAUGGUAGACGACGCAUGGGAUGAAUAUAACAAAUUUUACCAGAAUAUGACCAAGAGUGGCCGGAUCAAUGGAAUAGAGCAUCAUGUAAACUUCCCAAAACUGAGAUCACUGGUUCUGACUGACCUACCAAAGCUGAGAAGGAUAUGCAUACCAAGAGAAUUUCCUUGUCUUGAAAGUAUUAGGGUGGAGGACUGCCUGAAUCUGAGAACAAUCCCAUUGGGUCAAACAAGUGACUGCCCGAGACUAAAAAGGAUUUUUGGAUCGUAUGAGUGGUGGGAAAGGCUAGAAUGGAGCGUCAAAGACAUAAUGGAGAGCAAGUAUUUCAUUCCCAUCCAAGACAAAUAAUAGCACAAGUAUGAUACUAUUUAAACUAUAUUUCUCACUGCGGCAUGAUGGUACAGCACACGUUACUGAUGUAUUGUGUUUAUGAUGAUGUAAAUACCAGUCAAUGUUUUUUUAUUCAUGGUUUUUCUUUGUUCAGAUUCAUAAAAUAAGUGGCUUCUGUAUCAGCAUGUCUGAACCAUAUUAUGUUUAUGAUGUAGAUACCAAUGUAUGCAUUCAUUAAAGACAUUGAUAUGCUGAGAUUCAUAUAAGAGGCUUGUGUACAAGCCUAUCUGUAUAU